ACGAGGAGCUGCUGCAAAGCCGAGCGGAGGAGGCAGGAACUCGAGCUCUAGCAGGAGCUGUGUGGGCACCAUGGCCGGGACCACCACCAUCGAGGCGGUGAAGCGAAAGAUUCAGGUUCUGCAGCAGCAGGCCGAUGAUGCAGAGGAGAGGGCAGAGCGCCUCCAGCGGGAGGUGGAGGGGGAGAGGCGGGCCCGGGAACAGGCUGAGGCUGAGGUGGCCUCCUUGAACCGCAGGAUCCAGCUGGUUGAAGAGGAGCUGGACCGUGCUCAGGAGCGCCUGGCCACUGCCCUGCAAAAGCUGGAGGAGGCAGAAAAAGCUGCUGAUGAGAGUGAGAGAGGUAUGAAAGUUAUUGAAAACCGGGCCUUAAAAGAUGAAGAAAAGAUGGAACUCCAGGAAAUCCAACUCAAAGAAGCAAAGCACAUUGCAGAAGAGGCAGAUAGGAAGUAUGAAGAGGUGGCUCGUAAGUUGGUGAUCAUUGAAGGAGACUUGGAACGCACAGAGGAACGAGCUGAACUGGCAGAGUCCCGUUGCCGAGAGAUGGAUGAGCAGAUCAGACUGAUGGACCAGAACCUGAAGUGUCUGAGUGCUGCUGAAGAAAAGUACUCUCAGAAAGAAGACAAAUAUGAAGAAGAGAUAAAGAUUCUUACCGAUAAACUCAAGGAGGCAGAGACCCGUGCCGAGUUCGCUGAGAGAUCGGUAGCCAAGCUGGAAAAGACGAUUGAUGAUUUGGAAGAUGAGCUCUAUGCCCAGAAACUGAAGUACAAGGCCAUUAGCGAGGAGCUGGACCACGCCCUCAAUGACAUGACCUCUAUAUAAACUGAAAUGCACCAAAGAGGAGCACCUCUGUACACAAAGGAUGCUGGACCAGACUCUGCUUGACCUGAACGAGAUGUAGAACACCCCAGUCCCACCCUGCCGCUGCUCUUCCCUCACCCCAACUCCGCCUGAGGCCAGCCUGCCCGAAGCUGACCUUGAAACUGAGGGCUGAUCUUUAACUGGAAGGCUGCUUUUUUCCUUUGCCUCCCCUCCACCCUCUACCCUCUUUGUCUUUUUCGCCAAACUGUCUCUCCCUCUUCCCAGAGAUUCCAACUGGGUUAGAGGCUGAGCACCUUUGGGAACAACUUUUAAGGGAAUGUGAGCACAAUGCACAGUGUCUUUAAAAGCAUGUUGUGAUGUACACAUUUUGUAAUUACCUUUUUUGUUACGUAGCAACGAUUUGUAAAACAUUCCAAAUAAUCCUACAGCUCUGAAGCAGCAGUCUAAUCCUUUUCUCACUUUUGGAAGGUAGCUUUUCAGUUUAAUGCAUAUUGCCUCCAUAAAGGAGGAAAAGAGAUAUCGGCCUGCCUUACUGGGAGCCAAACAGAGCCCAGGGCAAGACUCUGCUGCAGGAAACCUCCUUGCUCUGUACAAAGUGCCAGCUAAACCAGAAGGAUGAUUCCAGGAGGAGUUAGCCAAAAACAAAAAAAGUGCUGUUUAGGUUUCAGCUUUACAACUUUAUUAUUUUCGUUGUUGUUGUUAAUUUUUGCAAUCAGAAGUGACCAAAUUAAGAUGGUGAGACCCCGGAGACCAAAUGUUUAUCCCAUCUCUACCCUCUUCCCAACCCAAGCCAACCCCUCACAGGAUGGAUCAUGUGCCCCUUGAGAUGGUGUCUUAAUUGCUCUCCUGCCUCCUUGAAAGAAAGAAGAAAGAAAUUGUGUUUUGGCCACAGAUGAAAUUCAUCUCAUCGCCCUCUUCUGGGUCUGAAGCUGCUGCCUCUAAAAGUGCCAUCUCAUUGUGCUUUGUAUCAGUGCUGGAGAAAUCUUGACUAGCUUAUGUACAAAACUUCUUAAAUUUUAUAUUAUUUUGAAACUUAGCUUCUCCGGGGUUGGGAUUUCCUGGCCACCCCAUCUGGCUGUGAGAGCUCUGCAGUCUGUGGGCUGGCAGCGUGCUGAUCUAAAGUUUCUUUUCCCACCCAAUCCCCACUUUUUGGUGAGGUUUCCAUAAGGUCUGUUAGGUGUACAUCCUGCAGCUUAUAGGCUUAAAUUGUACUCUCCUUUGGUGUGGUCUCUUUGGGGCCGAUUGGGAGAAAACCAAUAGUGCAACUGUUUUGAUACUGAAUAUUGACAAGUGUCUUUUUGGAAUAAAGAACCAGUCCCUCAAACUCUCA